CGACUUUUGAAAAUAGCUUGCCACCUAUCUGCUGUCGCAAAGGUGUUUUGCGACGUGUUUUUCACUUUGCCCCUUCUGAUAAUCAGGCUGUUUGUGUCUGUUAUAUUGUUGCAGAUGUCACAAAGUGUCGAUUUAACGUAUUUUUUUACCCUUAAAAGGAAGUAAUUACACUCACCACAAUGCACCCGCAGGGGCGCUGGAACUAGGGGUGCUAGUUGCUUCCAUCAUAUACAGGGGUUACCGUUUUUUUUUUUUCAAUGGCUUUCAGCACCCCCAUUAUAAAAAUUGUUGCAGCGCCUCUGUCCUACAAUAUGCUAAACACAAACACCAGAUUCAUUGACGUCCUUUUUCUCUGCCUGACAGCGACAGGACCCGCGAGUUAGCUAGAGGAGCCUGCGGGAGGCGGACUCCGUGUGACAGAUAGGAUCAAAGAAAGGUAUAUGAAUUGAAAUAAUUGUGAAUGAAAUCCUAAUCGGGGAAAAACAUAAGGAUUGAACAACAAAGAAACCCCAAGCGCUACGGACAAGCGAGAGCUAGGUGGAGAGAACAGAGCAAAACUACAAAAAAUGGUUUUCGGAGUGAGCAGUGAAAGAUGGAACUAUACAGAGACAAGACGGGACGCCGAGCGAGACUGCUUGCAUGAGAAAGUAGUGUACUGUCUGUACACAGAGAACGCCAGCUUCCGAAUUGGCAGUAACCUUAUGAUUCAACUGGAACGUCGCAGCUUUCAGCGACCAGACGAAGGAGCCAAAUAAAACGGACGAGACAACCAACACCACAAGACUGACAAUGCAAGACUCCUAGAAAAACAUAAUUGAAACUGUUAAAAAAAAAAAAAAAAAAAAAACCAAAAACCCCAAAACAAAACAAAAAAACCCUUCUGAAUUGGAACACGUUGCUAAAGAGUAGCCUAUAAAAAAUAAAGAAAAGCAUUGCUUGAGCGUAAAGUAGACUAGAUGAUAUUAACAGCAUUCUCGUAAAUACUGCACAAAAGAAGAACAACAACGUUUUUGUAAAGACGAAACCGACAGCAAAAUGAAUAAUGUGUAAUUGAAAUUAAAUAAACUUUUAAAAAUGUGUAUGUAGGCUAUUGAAACAAAAACUGCCGCAACCACGAGCAACGACACCUGCCCGAUCACAACUAUAAAAGCAAGUCCCAAAUACUUGUGGCAUUUAGUCCACAAGUGAUUUGCUGUUUAAAACAUCUGAGACUGACGGAAAGAUAAGGGGAGCGAAACGGGUCUGUAACCAGAAAACAGUGCCUCGGCGACGGGAGUGGAUGCAGGACCAUGCGAGAGACAGACAGCUCGCCAAGAGUGCGAAGAUGAGCCUGUCUGCUGCUGGAGGGGGGUCUUCCCCAGGGAAGGUAGGGUGCUGCAGGGUGCCUGUCAAGGACUUUCAGGCCCUGGCCAUUAACUCCCUCUCUGCAGCUGACAUCCGCAAGCACUACAAGCCUAUCCGCGAGCUGGGAAAGGGCACCUAUGGCAAGGUGGACCUGGUGGCACAUCGCACUCAAGGUAUGAAGCUGGCUCUGAAGUAUGUGAAUAAGAGCAAGACGAAGUUGAAGAGUUUCCUGCGGGAGUACACCAUCACUAGCAGCCUGGGCACGAGCCCCUUUAUCAUCAAGAUACUGGAUGUGCUCUUUGAGACCGAGGACUGCUACGUCUUCGGGCAGGAGUACGCACCUGCUGGGGACCUCUUUGACAUCAUCCCGCCACAGGUGGGGCUGCCGGAGGAGAUGGUGAAGCGCUGUAUCCAACAACUGGGCCUGGCUCUGGACUUCCUGCACUGCAAGAGCUUGGUGCACCGUGACAUCAAACCGGAGAACGUGCUGCUGUUCGACCGCGAGUGCCGACAAGUCAAGCUGGCCGACUUCGGGAUGACGAGGCGAGUGGGCUGUCGGGUGAAGCGCAUCAGCGGGACCAUCCCUUACACUGCACCCGAGGUGUGCCAAGCCAGCCGGGCGGAGGGCUUUGUGGUGGACUGCAGCCUAGACGUCUGGGCCUUCGGGGUGCUCAUCUUCUGCAUGCUGACUGGCAACUUCCCAUGGGAGGCGGCUCUGCCCUCCGACGCCUUUUACGAAGAGUUCUGCCGCUGGCAGAGGGGGUCCUGCCGGCCGGGCACGUUCCCCUCACAGUGGCGUCGAUUCACAGAGGACGCCCUGCACAUGUUCCAGCGGCUCCUGGCAGUGGAGUCAGAGAAGCGGUGCGCCGUGAAAGACGUCUUCUUCUUCAUCAAGUAUGAGCUGAUGUGUGAGCCCCGGCGCAGGCCCUCCUGCCGGGGGAGAAAAGCUGAGCAGACCGGCCCUGCCGGGCGGAGCAACAGCCACUCCAGAGCCGGGCACAGACACUCGGAGACCUCUGGCACCGCCCACUCCUCCUCAUCACCCUCCUCCACCUGCCUCCACCCGACACCGCUCAAACGAAGCGGGGUCCUCUCCGACGGACACUCCUCCAGACUGGGUUCCGAGCCUAGCCUGCCUGACCCUUCCGGUCAGCAGGAAAAGGGCAAAGGGCAGCUAUUGAUGGCCACUGCUAUUGAGAUCUGUGUCUGACCCCAAGGCUAGGAUGUGUGUGUGUGUGCGCUGAGCAAAUAGGAAAUAAGAGCGCCAUCUUCAGGGAAGGUUACAGGGUAUUGUGGUUUUAGCAUCUGGGAUGGAUGACGUUCUAGCAGUAUCUCUUUACAUAAAUCCAAUGGUACCUAUUUUAAAUUCUUGGGGUAUAAACCAUUGCCCCAUUGUUCUGAUUCUUACUGUACUUUAGAAAAUAGACUUUGGGGUAUUGAAACUUGGAUAUUUGUUACAUAAAGCUGUUUCUUGACUAAAAUGGACCAUUGCCAAGGUCAUUCCACAGCAAAAUGGACUUGAUAUCUCUGUCGAUGACAGUACAUUUCUGUUACUGUGCUCAACCUGAAUAAAGGUCUUGUAUUCAAGA